AUGUCGUGGGCGUGGUCCGUGCAGCGGCUGCGGGUGCGAGCAGUCAGUGUGGAGUGAAGCGGUUGAGGACGGGCAGCUGUAUGGAGAUAGCCGGUGCGGACGGAGGGUCUGCCGGGAUCGUGUGCCAGGGUCUGCCGCUGCUGUGAGGACGGAGAGAGGCGCAGGAGGCGGAUCCGGCGCUGCUGCCGGGACUGGAUAGCUGGACAGGAGCCGCUCUGGGAUCGCUGAAAAUGUCUGACAACGGUAUAGACUUCAACGAUAAACCUCCAGCCCCGCCCCUGAGGAACACCAGCACUUUAAUUGGAGCCAGUGUGAAGGACACCAUAAACCAUGGCUCAAAACCUCUUCCCCCAAAUCCAGAAAAGAAGACGAAGAGGCUUCUGAACAUGUUACCCGGGACUGGAGAUAAAACCAUGAAAAAGACUGUUAAAAAGCCAGUAAUCCCAGUAAUCUCACCCCCGACGGAUUUCGAGCACACCCUUCAUAUCGGCUUUGAUCCUGUAACCGGAAAAUUCACUGGUAUGCCAGAACAAUGGGCACGGCUGUUGCAGACUUCCAAGAUUUCAGAAGAAGAGCAGAAGAAGAAUCCUCAGGCCAUACUGGAUGUGCUGAAGUUUUAUAACUCCAAGAAACCCACCAACAGCCAGAAGUACAUGAGCUUCACAGAUAACGAACUUGAGGUUUACAUGCCGUCUGACAGCACGAAUUCCAAUGUCGUCUCCGAAGUCCAUGAUAUAGCUCCAGUUUGUGAGGAUGAAGAUGAAGAGGAGCCCGCUGCCCCUCCUGCUGUGGCCCCGCGUCCUAUAUAUACAAUGUCGGUGCACACUCGCUCUGUCAUAAUCCCAGCGCCUCCUCCAGUCAAAGACGAGGCACCCUUACCACCCCCCGAACCUCAAGGAAACGGCGAGAAGUCGGCUGAUGCCUCCGCAACACCCACAGAGAAAACCAAGAAAAAGGCCAAGAUGUCAGAUGAGGAGAUCUUGGAAAAACUGAGAAGCAUCGUGAGUGUGGGGGACCCCAAGAAAAGGUACACCAGAUUCGAGAAGAUCGGGCAGGGGGCAUCGGGAACCGUGUACAUUGCAUUGGAAGUGGCCACUGGACAAGAGGUUGCAAUUAAGCAGAUGAAUCUAAAACAGCAGCCAAAGAAAGAGUUAAUUAUUAACGAGAUCCUUGUAAUGAGGGAAAACAAGAAUCCAAACAUCGUAAACUAUCUUGACAGUUACCUGGUUGGGGAAGAGCUGUGGGUGGUCAUGGAGUACCUGGCUGGGGGGUCGCUGACGGAUGUGGUCACGGAGACCUGCAUGGCUGAAGGACAGAUAGCCGCCGUGUGCAGGGAGUGUCUUCAGGCCUUAGAGUUCCUGCACGCGAACCAAGUCAUCCACCGAGACAUAAAGAGCGACAACAUCCUGCUGGGGAUGGACGGGGCCGUGAAAUUAACGGACUUUGGGUUUUGUGCCCAGAUUACCCCUGAAGAAAGUAAGCGCAGUACAAUGGUUGGAACCCCCUACUGGAUGGCACCUGAAGUAGUAACACGCAAAGCGUACGGUCCAAAAGUGGAUAUCUGGUCUCUGGGGAUCAUGGCCAUAGAAAUGGUAGAAGGAGAGCCGCCAUACUUAAAUGAAAAUCCUCUCCGAGGCAAAACUCUGCAGGAAGGAAGCUUUUUUGACUUUAGGGUCAUUCAAGACCGUGGACCAAUCCAGGGACCCAUCCGGGGACCGGAUCUCACUUAA